UUCCCUCCAAUUCAACAUAUAUUUAUUUAACCGAGUCAACUCAGCUUCACUAUUUACCCCAAUUUUGAAAACAAAUUAAACCCUAAUUUACUCAACGUGUUCAACAAAUUUCAAUUCACAAAUUAAGCUUCGAUCCAACGUGAAUUGAGUUGAUAUGUGCUGAAAAGUGAUAUAUGUAUGUAUGAUGCCUACCUGUUGAAACUUAAAAGGAGUUGUGAAUGAUAGGAUUAUUUGAUUUGAGUUGAAGUUGUCGAGGAUAACAAUGAGGGAGAGCCCAGAUGGUUCAGUCCGGAGGACAUCAAGGAGGACAGUAGUUUCGAAGAACUAUAAUGAGGAUCAGAUGGAUGAACUAAUAGGGGAUGAUGUACUUGGGGUUUCGAAAAAAAGAACUAGAACUAAAGAAGAUUUGGAGAAAGAAACGGAAACUGAGGCUAUGAUUGCUUUAUCUCUUGGAUUUCCAAUUGAUGCGUUGCUUCCAGAUGAAAUUGCUGCAAGGGUUGUGUCGGAAUUAGGUGGAAAAGAACAAAAUGAUUAUAUUGUUGUGAGGAACCAUAUACUUGCAAAGUGGAGGAGCAAUGUAAGGAUAUGGCUUUCGAAAGGACAGAUCAGGGAAACUGUGAGCAAUGAGUAUGAGCAUUUGAUUUCUGCGGCUUAUGACUUUCUUUUGUUUAACGGGUAUAUCAAUUUUGGUGUUUCUCAGUCAUUUACAUCUCAGAUCCCUGAGGAGGCAACAGAGGGGUCUGUGAUAAUUGUUGGUGCCGGACUUGCUGGUUUAUCAGCGGCUAGGCAGCUACUCUCUUUUGGUUUCAAGGUUGUUGUUCUUGAAGGCAGGACUCGACCUGGAGGAAGAGUUUAUUCACAGAAAAUGAAUAAUGGGGAUAGUGAAGCUACUGUGGAUCUUGGUGGCAGCGUCAUUACGGGCAUUCAUGCCAAUCCGCUGGGUGUUUUGGCAAGACAACUUUCUAUUCCUCUUCACAAGAUCAGAGAUAACUGCCCCUUGUACAAGCCUGAUGGAGCAGCGGUUAAUCAGGAGAUUGACUCGAAGGUUGAACUUAUCUUCAACAAGUUACUUGACAAAGUUACUGAAUUAAGGCAGAUGAUAGGCGGAUUUGCACAUGACAUAUCUUUAGGCUCAUUUUUGGAGACACUUAGAAACUUCUAUGCCGUAGCUAGAAAUACUGAGGAAAGACAACUUCUUGAUUGGCAUUAUGCAAAUUUGGAAUAUGCAAAUGCAGGUUGCUUGUCAGAACUUUCUGCUGCAUAUUGGGAUCAGGAUGAUCCCUAUGAAAUGGGUGGUGAUCACUGCUUUCUAGCAGGUGGAAAUUGGAGACUUAUCAUAGCAUUAUGUGAAGGAGUUCCUAUAUAUUAUGGGAAAACAGUUCAGACAAUUAAAUAUGGAAAUGAUGGAGUCGAAGUUGUUGCUGGGGAUCAAGUGUUUCAAGCAGAUAUUGUGCUCUGCACUGUUCCACUUGGGGUUUUGAAGAAAAGGGCCAUUAGAUUCGAACCAGAUUUGCCUCAAAGAAAGGUAGAAGCAAUAGAUAGACUAGGGUUUGGUCUGCUGAAUAAGGUCGCUAUGCUAUUCACUCAUGUUUUUUGGGGUGAAGACCUAGAUACAUUUGGUUCUCUCAGUGAAAACAGUAAUGAACGAGGAAAGUAUUUCUUGUUCUACAGUUACCAUACUGUUUCUGGGGGCCCAGUUCUUGUGGCAUUGGUGGCUGGAGAAGCUGCGCAAUCUUUUGAGAAUGAAAAUCCGUCCACUUUGCUUCAUUGUGCUUUAACUGUCCUUAGAGGUAUAUAUGGUCCGAAGGGCAUUCAUGUUCCUGAUCCCAUUCAAUCUAUAUGUACAAGAUGGGGCAGUGACCCUCUUUCAUAUGGGUCCUACUCUCAUGUCAGAGUACAGUCAUCUGGCAGCGAUUAUGAUAUACUUGCUGAAAGUGUAGGAAACAACUUGUUCUUUGCUGGCGAAGCCACUAAUCGUCAACAUCCAGCCACCAUGCAUGGUGCGUACUUAAGUGGUUUAAGAGAAGCUUCACGCAUUCUUCAAGCCAGCAAGUCUCAGCAAAGUGAUCCUAAAAAGUAUAUACAGAAGUAUGUUGGACCGGGCACUGAUGUUCUUGUAACUCUGUUCAAGUGGCCUGAUAUGGCAUUUGGGAAGUUCUUGUUUGUAUUUGAUCCUUCAACAGACGAUCCAAAGUCCAUGGCAGUGAUGAGGGUUACCUUCGAAAAGUCCGCUGAUGAACACUGUUACCAAAAAGAGAUAGUAAACAAUUUCCAACAUACCUUGAAUCAACCGGUGCACCUUUAUGCUAUAUUGUCCCGCCAACAGGCACUUGAAUUGCAAUCAGUGAGUUGUGAUCACGAGAGUAAAUUGUCAGAUUUCUUAAAAAACCAUGGUUUGAAGCUAAUGGGAGGAGAUGCUUUAAGAAGUAUAGGCAGCUCCCUAAUGGUUAAUAUCAUUAGUGCUCGAAGAGGCAGGGGUCGAUAUCGAAUAUCUUCUAAAAAGCAUAGUGCUUCAAACUGACUAUUUGGUUCUAAAUGCAUCAAAAAGUUCUAUGUGCAAGAAUGCCUACCUAUUCGUAAAUAAUUAAGGAUGAAAAGAGAUGGUAGAGAGUUGGCGCAUGUGCUUCUUGAAGCUAACCUUUCACUAACCGGGGUAAACCAACCAAUAUAUUGGAGAUCAACCAAGGUAGCUUUUCUGUUCUUUUCUUUUUGUCUUUUUUAUAAGUGUUAAGGUAGCGAGAUUUUGCUAUAAACAUAGGAUAUCAGGCAGUGUCCAAAAGGAGUAUCUGCAUAGAAACUUUGUAAUUUAUGUAUACCAGCUCACCAUUUCUUUAUGUAAAACUAGAUUUUUUUCGGCCAGUUUUA